AUGGAUUCGCAGGCAUACGUGCCAUACGUCCCAUAUGCGUCGUACUGGCAGCCGAACCCCCUGCCAUUUUUUGCCACUCCGCUUACAUCGCCGGUGGAGUCAGAUACACCCGAAACAUCGUCGUCGGUGGUAGAUAUUUCGAUGACGCCACCAGCGGUGGUAUUGAGGGAAUCGUCGUGCCAGGCCACGGCCACUGCGCAGUCGUGGACGCAGGCCACCGCGACUGCGCAGGCGUCAUCCCAGGCCACGGAAACGGCAGAGAAGCGGUCUCAGACCAUGCCAACUGCAGAUGCAUCGACUCAGUCUUGUCGGUCCAUGACAACGCAAACAGAAGGCUCGACGGCAUCCUCUGCCCAACUGUCAGCAACGGCAAGUCAGGGAGUUACGGCUGGAGCUGCGGAUACGACGGCACCCUCUGCCCAAAUGACUAAGGCUGCCUCGUCGGCAACGGCGCGUCAAGAAGUAACGGCUGGAGCUGCGGGCUCGACGUUACCCCCUGCUCAACUGACCAUGGCUGGAUCGCCAAACACGGCAAGUCAGAAAGUUACGGCUAGAGCUACGGGCACGACGUUACCCCCUGCUCAACUGACCAAGGCUAGAUCGCCGACCACAGCUAGAUCGCCGACCACAGCAAGUCAGAAAGUUACGGCUAGAGCUGCGGGCUUGACGUUACCCCCUGCCCAACAGACCAAGGCUGGAUCGCCAAACACGGCAAGUCAGAAAGUUACGGCUAGAGCUGCGGACUUGACGUUACCCCCUGCUCAACUGACCAUGGCUGGAUCGCCGACCACAGCAAGUCAGAAAGUUACGGCUAGAGCUGCGGGCUUGACGUUACCCCCUGCCCAACAGACCAAGGCUGGUCUGCCGACCACGGCACGUCAGAAAGUUACGGCUAGAGCUGCGGGCUCGACGGCACCCCUUGCCCAACAAACCAAGGCUGGUUUGCCGACCACGGCGCGUCAGAAAGUUACGGCUAGAGCUGCGGGCUCGAUGGCACCCCUUGCCCAACAGACCAAGGCUGGUUUGCUGCCGACCACGGCACGACAGAAAGUUACGGCUGGAGCUGCGGGCUCGACGGCACCUCCUGCCCAACUGUUGGCAACGGCAAGUCAGGGAGUUACGGCUGGAGCUGCGGGUACGACGGCACCCUCUGCCCAAAUGACCAAGGCUGCCUCGUCGGCAACGGCGCGUCAGGAAGUUACGGCUGGAGCUGCGGGCACGACGUUACCCCCUGCCCAACAGACCAAGGCUGGAUCGCCGACUACGGUAAAUCAGAAAGUUACGGCUAGAGCUGCGGGCUCGACGGCACCCCUUGCCCAACAGACGAAGGCUGCCAGGUCGACCACGGCGCGUCAGGCGAUAACGGCUGAAGCAGGCAUAUAA